AUGUCUCCCGAACGUGCUUCAAUAGCUACUUUACUAAUGAAUACCGAAGAAUGUCCAGUUGAAACAUUUAGUGUUACAUGGAUCGAUCAACAUGUGAAUGAUGCUGAAAAUGUCGAGACACUUGAACGACUGCAUUCGCACAUAAACUUUGUCAAAGUAUUCGAAAAACCCGAUGAAUGUCAAAAAUAUCUCCGCAAAAUGUCACCGUACGAUCGAACGAUUCUCAUUGCUAGUGGAAGUUUAGGAAAGCAACUUGUACCCGACGUCGAGAUCCUUCCGCAAGUUUCUUCGAUCUAUAUCUUUUGCACAGUUAAAGAAAUACACGAAGUGUGGGCGAACAAUUACCCGAAAGUCAGAAGCGUCCUUACCGAAUACGAUGAGCUCAUUGACGCAGUUAUCGGGGAUUACCGACUCCAAGUCAAACAAGACGGACCGAUUGCAUAUAACAUUCUGAAAAAGGAAGUACCGUUGAAUCUUUCAAAUUCGUUCAUACGCCCACAUCUCUUGAUCAAUUAUCUUCUCCGUCUCGAAUCAAAUUCGAACGAUAAAGAGGAAUUAUUCACCUUUUGUCACGAUCAAUAUCGGCACAAUGCUGCUGAAUUACGAACAUUACACCAACUUGAACACAAUUACUCACCCGAUAAAGCUCUGACGUGGUACACGCUUGACGGUUUUCCUUACCAAAUGUUGAAUAAAGCACUUCGAACACAACAUGUUCAUUUGCUCUUUCUCUAUCGGUUCUGGAUAAAAGAUAUUUACCAGCAAUUGCUCCAACAUCAGUGCAAAACAUCGAUUCAUGCCUUCCGAGGCCAAUAUAUGACCACUAGUGAAUUACAGUUAUUCCAAAAUGCGAUCGGUGAAGUCAUCUGCAUCAAUUCAUUUUUUUCCACUAGUACAGAUGUCAAUGUUGCAUUGAACUUUAUUGAUGAUGCUGAAGGAGUCAAUGCUCAUUUGCACCGAGUUCUAUUCGAUAUUCAUGCUGAUCCACCUGUUAACACGACGAAACCAUUCGCUAAUAUACGUGAAUUUAGCCUCUUUGGCGAUGAAGAGGAAGUUCUCUUCUCAAUGAAUAGUUCCUUUCGGGUUGUUGAUGUCGACACAAAUACCGACGGCAUCCUAGUGAUCGAACUUAAGUUCUGUCGGGAUGAUGACAUCGAACUGCAACCGAUAUUUAACCUUAUCAUAGCAGAAUGUAGAGACGAAGAAAUCAGUCUUAUUCGAUUCGCAAACUUUCUUUUCGAUAUGAAAUAUUUUAAAGAAACAGAAGUGUACUAUCUACGAUGUCUUCAACUAUCAACCGGAAGCCUAUCAGACAAAUGUGCGUGCUACGAACAACUUAGCUGUUUAGCAUUGCGAAAAAAUCGAUUCGAAUUGAGUUUAAAUUGGCAAAAGCAGUCACAUGAGAUGAAACUCAAUUUACACGAGCCAAACAGUGUGGAUUUAGCAAGGAGUUGUUUCAAACUCGCUGAGAUCUAUGAAAAACUAAACAACUAUCCCGAAGCGUUGACUCACUACAAAUUAGCUCAUGGAGCUUUCAGAUACCAUCGACAUAGUCAUGGUCUUCAACUUAAUAAAUGCCGUCGUAAGAUGGGACAGAUCUAUUCCAUAACUGGUAAAUACUCUGAUGCACUUAAGUAUCAUAAAAAAGUUCUCAAGUCAUGGACGCAACCAGAUACUUCUGUCGAUGAAAGUGAACUUGGCAAGUUAUACUACGAAAUCGGUUAUGUAUACCAUAAAAUACAAGUGCAUGACAAAGCCAUUCUGAAUUAUAAUUCGGCUUUGAAAGUUUACCAGAAAUGUAUAUCGCCCGAGCAUAAAUACAUUGCUGAUGUGUUCGAGAAAAUAGCGAUAGUCUAUCGGAACCAAGGUGUUUGUAUACAGUCGUUGUUGUAUUACGAAAAAGCGCAACAAAUCUAUCAGAAAUAUUUGCCAGCGAGGCAUCCAUAUUUGACACGAAUCGACGCAACUAUUCGAAAUAUUCAAGCACAACUAAAACAUGAUCCUGUCGAAGAAACUGUCUAA